AUGAAGACAUCCAUUCACACCAUCAAUUUUGUUUUUGUAAUUUUCUCACUUCUUUUGCUAUGUCUGCACACUGAAACUGUCACUGCUCUUGGCCACCAAUUGGCAACAGCAGAUGCUAAUGGUGCUAUCAACAAGGAGAGACAAGCUCUGCUUGAUUUCAAAGCUCACCUUCAAGACCCCGAUGGCCGACUCCUUACAUGGAGGGUUGAAGACGACGAUUGUUGUAAAUGGAGUGGAGUCACGUGCAACAAACAAACAACUCAUGUAACAAAGCUUGAUCUGACCGGUGAUUUUGGUGAAGGUCCUCUUGGAGGUGAGAUUAGCCUUUCGUUGCUCAACUUAACCUACUUGAACCAUCUUGACCUUUCCUCCAAUUUUUUCAAUGGAAUCAUUCCCGACUUCAUUGGUUCCAUGACUCGGUUAACAUACCUUGACCUUCAUUACAACUAUUUUAAUGGAACCAUUCCCAAGUCCAUAGGUUCCUUGACCCAGUUAAGGUACCUCGACCUUUCCGACACCUUCCUUCAUGGGUCCAUUCCUUUAGAAUUUGGAAACCUCACGAACUUGCAAAACCUUUUACUUGGAACCUCUGAAGGAAGUACCGUUGAAAAUCUAGAUUGGUUGUCUAAUCUGUCUCAUUUGCAAUACCUUCAAAUGGAUAUGAUAUCCCUAGCCAAAGCAAAUCACUGGGUAGAUGCCAUUCUAAGUCUCCCAAGACUAUCAUAUUUGAGUUUAUUUGAUUGUGACCUCUCUGAGGUCAUGUAUCCAUAUUCUUCAUUUGUGAAUUCUUCUUCUUCAUCUAUUGGAUCUCUUCGACUCGAGAGUAACAAUCUCAACUCAUCCAUGUAUCAUUGGUUGUUCCCAUUAGCGGGGAAUAAACUUCUCAAUCUUGAUCUCUCUAACAACCUGUUAGAUGGGAUACCCRAAUAUCUUGGAAAUCUCUGUAGUUUGRCAUCUUUAUCUCUCUAUGGAAACUCUGUAGYUGUCAACYUUUCUGAUGUUCUAAACAAUUUGUCUGGAUGCACAUCGGUUACAUUGCAAGAGUUGGAUGUUUCAGAUAACCAACUUACAGGGUCAUUAUCCAAUGAGAUCAUAAAGUUUUCAUCUCUACAAACUUUGACUAUAUCUCAUAAUCAGUUAAAUGGGACUAUGAGUGAAAAAGUGUGGGAACUACCUGAUCUUCAAACUCUAGAUGUUUCUUCUAAUUCUCUUAGGGGAGGUGUUACAUUUGAAAACACUGAACAGUCAAAGCUUCGGAAGAUAGAUCUUUCAAGCAACUUACUCGAAGUGAUUCCUUCCAAAGCUCAUAACCUUUCAUAUCUCAAGUAUCUUGAUUUGAGUGCUUGCAAGGUAGGGCCUCUUUUUCCCAAACAGAUUCAAACAUACAAAAAUAUCACCCAUCUUAAUAUCGCCAACGCUAGAAUUUCAGACACAAUUCCUGUCGAAUUUUGGGAGAUAUGGCCUUCACAAUUGACAUAUUUGAAUCUCUCUUCUAACAACAUUAGUGGGGAAGUACCAGAUCUAUUAUCAAAUUUUGACGACUUUUCAACAAUAGACUUGAGUUCUAACAGCUUCUAUGGGCCAAUACCGAAUGUUCCUCCCACUUUGCUAUCGUUGAAUCUUUCCAAGAACAAAUUCUAUGGUGGAAUCUCCUUCUUAUGCCAAAUUGUUGAUGGGUUCUUAUCAUUUCUUGACCUCUCCCAUAACUCCUUAACUGGGCAACUUCCUGACUGUUUGUGGCAUUUCAAACAACUGAAAGUUCUCAAUCUAGGACAAAACAGUUUUUCUGGAAGGAUUCCUGCUUCUAUAGGAUAUUUGGUUCAACUCGAGGUGUUGCACUUAUACAACAAUAACUUCUUAGGAGAAUUGCCUUUGGCUUUGAAAAAUUGCACGAAGUUGGAGUUUUUGAAUCUAGGGGCCAACAAGUUUUUUGGUCAUGUGCCUGUGUGGGUUGGGGAAGACUUGACAUUGUUGUAUGCUUUUAGCCUAAGAUCAAACAACUUCUUUGGACCCAUUCCUUUACAGCUAUGUCAUCUCGUCAACCUUCAAAUCCUAGACUUGUCAAUCAACAACCUCAAUGGAUCUAUCCCAUCAUGUGUAAAUAACUUGAAUUCCAUGGUCCAUAGAAGAAGGUUCUUGCCAAAAAAUAACAUGCACGUUUAUGGGAAGCUUUACAACGAAGAAGGUGAUAUUACUAUGGUUGGUACUUAUGUUGACUAUGCGAUAACCGAAUGGCAAGGAAAUGAACAUGAACUCACGAGUACUCUGAGAUUUUUAAUGAGCAUUGAUUUGUCAAGCAACAACUUAACAGGACAAAUCCCAGAUGAAAUAACUGAACUUCAUGAAUUGGUUGUAUUGGACUUGUCAAAGAAUGCUUUACUUGGAGAGAUUCCACGAAAAAUUGGUGAGAUGAAAAAGCUUUUAACAUUGGAUUUAUCUAGAAACAAUUUUUCAGGAGUGAUACCAUCAAGCAUGAGUGGGAUGUCUUUAUUGAAUUACCUAGACGUGUCAUACAAUAACUUGUCAGGGAGAAUUCCAUCUAGCACCCAACUCCAGUCCUUUAAACCUUCGAGCUACACCGGAAAUGCAGGACUAUGUGGACUUCCCAUUACGAAAAAGUGUAAGGGAGAUGAAGAAUCAGAAGCACCACCCCAGAGUGAAAGUGAGGGUGGUGGAGAAGGCAUAGACGAGCUUUGGACAUGGUUUCUUAUUGGUGGGGGAACCGGUUUUAUUACCGGAUUUUGGGUAGCAUGUGGCGCUUUACUUCUCAACCGUCAUGGAAGACAUGCUUUUUUUCACUUUGUUGAUUUCUUGAAAGAUUGGGUUUACGUAAAGGUGGCCAUAUUCAUUCGGAAAUUGCAAAGGGGUGCAUACACAUAG